GAGUUUGCGGAUAAGUGAGAAGACUCUGGCCAGAUGUGACGUCACAAUCGCCACUGUGAGCAGGGGCACGGGGCAUCGUUCACCAUCGAUUAGCAGGCUAGCUGGCUAACUCUAGCUAAGGCCAACUAUGAUCCACCUCCGUGGCCACAUUUCUAAAUUAAAGAACCGCUUGGAAUGACCUUGCUAACUAAGAACAGAGUGUGAGCAUGGGGAAUGUAUGGAUUUUACACGCUAACUGGGAUCGCAGUGGUGCAACGAAGCGAGGUACGAGCGCGGGGCUUGCGUCACUGAUGCCAGGUGCACACUGUAGCUGAGAGCACUCAGGAUGAGUGCAGCUGGAGAGCACACAGACAUCCUGUCAGUGGCAGACGUGGUCAGAGACAGAUGGAAAGUGGUGAGAAAGAUAGGUGGAGGUGGAUUUGGGGAGAUCUAUGAGGUUUUGGAUAAGUUGAGCCAGGCCACUGUGGCCUUGAAGGUUGAGUCUGCUCAGCAACCCAAACAGGUGCUGAAGAUGGAGGUGGCUGUGCUGAAGAAGCUUCAGGGCAAAGACCAUGUGUGUCGCUUUGUGGGAUGUGGCCAAAAUGAUCGCUUCAAUUACGUGGUGAUGGAACUCCAGGGAAGGAAUCUGGCAGAUUUGCGCAGAACCAUGACCCGUGGCACCUUCUCUGCCUCCACAACUUUGAGACUUGGCAAGCAGAUUUUAGAGGCUAUUGAAAGCAUCCACUCUGUAGGCUUCCUGCACCGUGACAUUAAACCUUCUAACUUUGCAAUGGGAAGACUAGCCAGUACCUGCAGAUGCUGCUAUAUGCUUGAUUUUGGUUUGGCUCGUCAGUUUACCAACUCAAAUCAGGAAGUCCGUCCGCCUCGUCCCGUGGCUGGCUUUAGAGGAACUGUGCGAUAUGCUUCAAUCAAUGCACAUAAGAAUAAGGAAAUGGGUCGUCAUGACGACCUGUGGUCCCUCUUCUACAUGCUGGUUGAAUUCAUGGUGGGUCAGCUACCCUGGAGGAAAAUUAAAGACAAAGAACAAGUAGGAAAUCUAAAAGAGACUUCUGAUCAUCGACUUAUGCUGAAGCACCUUCCCUCAGAGUUUAGUACUUUCCUGGAUCAUAUCUUGACCUUGGACUAUUACACUAAACCUGACUAUGAGCUUCUGAUGUCAGUGUUUGACAGUGCCAUGAAGAGUCGCAAGGUGCUGGAGAAUGACCCCUAUGACUGGGAGAAGUGUGAUUCAGAGGAUAUGCUGACCAACACUGCCGCAGCAACCACUGCUCAGCAGCUCACUCGCCUCACACCAGCAUACUUGGGCAUGGCCAAUGCUUCAGUGCUGCCUGGCGACCUGCAGCGGGAGAACACAGAGGAUGUCCUGCAAGGGGAGCGCCUCAGUGAUGCUGACAACUGUCCCCCCAUGCCCACUCCAACCACUCCUGGUGCAGAUGUAUGGGAAGAGAUCGACCACAACCGAAACCAUAAACACGCUCAGCCAGUGGUCAGAAAGGUGAUGAGUGAGGAUGAGCACAGUCAGAACCAGGGGAACCAGAGUCCCAACACCGGUUCCAUCCAGAGUUCCCCAAGACGGGUGCGAUCGGAAACCAUGUUCUUAGAACGUGCUGCACCGCUGCUACGGAGAAUCAGACACAGUCAGAGCUUGGCGUUUGAAAAGAGGCUUGCACCUGAACCCAAACCCACCAUCGAACGCUUCCUUGAAGCCUACCUAGGCAAACAGCGUCCUGUCCUUUCUCAUGUUGGAGAGAAUUCCAUUCCUGAGAGGGGACACAGGCAGCACACGCCUUCUUGCAAAGAGGAGCACUCUGGAACAGCAACCCCUGGCCCAGAGGGUGCAGCGAGCAGUGGCUUUGUGGCUGUAAUAAAUCUCAGUCCUGUGGCCCAGGAAGGAGACUCUCAGGAGUGGGUGAUGCUGGACCUGGAACAAGGCAGCGGUUCUGGAGGAAGCAAGCCUCCAACAGAAGCCUGGCACGAGGACAAAUCAGGUACUCGCAGGCCUGCUGAAACUGACAACCACUCCUCUGAGCCACAGGAUGGCCAGUCUGCUGCAGUGCCGAGCAGCCCCAUCCUAUCACAGAUGGCCAUGCCCGGCACAUGGUUACUAGCCCACAGGAGGCUGCCAGGAAUGCUGGGACAGAUGCCCUCAGUCCUUAUUGGAAGACCCCAGAUUGACCAGACCUCUAGUGAUGCGCCACAGUGCCCUGUACAGGAGGAGAGUGAUGCAAUACCACUAGAGGCCCCAUCUGGUAAAACUGAUGAACUUGCAGAGGAAAUCUUAAAGGAUGGAGGGAGGUUGGAGUUAGCACCAUUGCCAAGCCCAGCCAAAGGCCCCACAGUUCAUCUAAGCAAUGAUCGAGACCCCGAGAGUGAUUCUGGUCUGCCUGAUCGCUCGUCAGAGCCAAAUCAGCAGCCCCAAGCUGACACUGCAGGAGGUGCUAUGGAGAGCACUGUCACCGUCUCCUCCUCUCCACCUCCAGCUCUACUCGGGAGAAGAGACUCUCCCUUGUCACCAAGAUUGAGCCGAAUCCCCAUACGAGACCCCAGCUCCCCCCGGGACUCUCCGAGCAGGGACCUCAACAUGGAAAGACGCCAUCGCUGGAGCAGUCCGGUUCCCAGCUCACCCACCCAUUCACCCUCUCCAUCUCUGUCCUGUGACAACCUUCCCUGUGUUCUGCCAAGAGACAGACUCUUCUCAGAACGAGGCUCCAGAUCUGACUGUGUAGGAGAAGACCCCCUCUCCCUAUCCUCCUCAUCUGGUAGUAAAAGUAAGAUCCCACGACCGGUCAGCACCACCUUUGUACCUGAACAACUCACAAGCAGGUUUCUGCCUCGACCACCUCCUGGGAAACCACCCAUCCGGCCGUGUGUGGACAACAGACGACGACGGUUAAGAGUGCGUGCCAGCAGCACUAGUGAUGCCGACUUCCUGGCUAGUCUGACCCAGCUGAUGCAAGACCGCAGUGGGAUGCUCUUCAGUCCUCCUCCUCGCCCUCGCGGCUCCUCCUCCUCCCUGCAGCGCUCACUAAGCUCCUCUCCCUCCCGUCAGGAGCUCCGUGACGGCGGGGGACUGCAGGGGCGCAGCCACUCUCCAUCUAGCUUGUCUGGCUCCCCUCCGCCUCGACUCCCACAUCCACAAGACAGGUCCAGUGGGCAGGGUCAUUGGGGCUACAGCUCCAGGGGAAGAGCUCUGAUCCAAGAGGACAAAGGCUCUGGAAAAGUGACUCGAUGACUGUAUUUGACAGAAAUGACUGAUCUGGGUGGUGCAACCUCAACAGUGGCUGAAGAUGUGCCAGAAAUGUUUGUUGUAUCUGGUGCAGCUGUAGCAAAAGGUUGGCUCACACCCAGUCCUGGAUAGCAUGUGUAAAUACAGCAUUUACUCAAGGGAAUGUACUGUAUGUAAAGUAAAAUGUAUGAUAAAUUGUAUUUAUUUAUUUAUUUGUUUGUUGGAUGUCUCUCUCUCUUAAAAUAUUUGAUGAUUUGGCUUGAUACCUGCAGUUGAAACAAAAAGGCUGAGAAAACCUUGAGAUUGCCAACACUUACCUCUCAUUUCAUUCCUCUGCAUAUAGGCCUAAUAUGAGACCAAAAAGAUCAUGUUUAAUACUCAAUGUAAAAUUGAUGCUAACUGUAGAUAUGUAUCUUUAGGAAAAUGGAUAUUCACUAAUAGAAACCAUGUACUCACAUUAAGAACAUUACCAGUAAAUAAUACAAGCACUAGACCAACAUCAGCAUUCGUGUACAGAACCAGGGCAUGCAGUCCCAUAUUGACCUCACUCUUGUAACACUGCUAGAUCAUGACAGUAUGUAACAAUGAAUUACUCAUUUUAGCAUAUCAGUGUAGUAGUGGGCUUUUAGGUUGCUAGAGAAUAUAUCAUGCAUCAGCAUAUUAGAAUGUACAUGUAAGUGCACUCAUAUGAAAUGAAAAUGCACGAGUGUCAUUGCAGCUGUUGUUUUUUUAAUUCAUUUGUACAAUCAGCUAAAACAUCUGUAUUUUUAUUGAACUGCUCCUGAACAAAAUACAUUAUAACACAGACUGUGUAUUUUUAUUUCACAGUGGAACAAAAGCUGAUUGUUGUGUGUUGAUGUCUGAUUGCUGUUGCAUUUUAUUUUAUCACAAUUUAAAAACAUGUCGGAAGAAGUGCACUGAAUAAAAGCCAGAGCUUAAAACCAUUAUUUCUCGAUAAACACAUGGGAGAUAGCGUGAUUAAAGGGUCAUUUCAUCUAAAUUCGCCCACUAUUUCCUCCCUCACCCACAGCAGCAUCUACAGUGCAGAUCAUGUUUGGGCAUUUAAGCGUUUGUUGUUCUUCGGUCUCUGUACUUCAGCACAUUCAAUUUAAAAUAAAUUAAUGGAAACUAACUUAAAGUGGUAAGUAGCUUUGAGUAAAGACUGGUAUGGGAGGUAUAGCCCGUU